CGCGGGAACGCGGCGGCGGCGGCGCGCAAUCUGAGACAGGCGGGCGGAGGCUGCAUGGGGCGGCGGCGGCGGCGUCGCCGGGUGGACCCGGCGGACGCGGCUCGGGCCCUGCCCGAGGCCAUCGCCGCAUUGAGUCAGACUCUGCCCGCCGGACCCAGCCCCGAGACCUUCCGCCGCGCCAAGUUCGACCGUCCGGAGGCGGCCCCCGCGCUCUGGCGGCUGCUCUUCCGCGUGCUCUCGCCGCAGCUGGCCGACGGCGCCUCGGCCUCAUUCUCCCCGGAGGCCCAGGUCCGCUCUGUGAAGUUGGCGCUGCGCACCCAGGGCUACCCUAGGCGGGCCCUGGCACAGCUCCCGGACGACGGCUCCCAGGGCGGCCGCGAGCUGCUGCUGGCCCUGGCCUGGCUCCUGGCCCGCGGGCCCCUGCCCGAGCGGCUGCUGACCCAGAACCGCGUGCAGCUGGGAGACGAGAUGCCCGUGUGCGAGUGCGAGGCCCUGGACAGCCCUGGCCCUCCUGCCCCCAGCGUGGAAGCAGACGGCUGUGUGGACAUCCGCCACCUGCAGUGGCUGAUGGGAAAGCUGCGGUUCCGGUGGCGGAACCUGAUGGCCAGUCAGCAGGAGCAGUGCGCCCUCCUGGGCAAGAUCCACUCAUAUACCCGUGGCUGCCACAGCGACCGCAGCCUUGGCCACCUGUCUGUCACCGAAACGGAGCUGCUCAGAGACCCGGAGGGUGGCCGUCAGCUGCUGCGGAGGCUGGAGAGGGAGAACGCGCGGCUGCAGGCGGCCCUCGAGUGGCGGCGCCGGGAGCUGGUCUUCUGGCGGUGGAUGGACACGGUCCUGGGCGCCUGCCCCCCUGAGGCCUCACAGCCCACGUUUCUGCCCAGGAUCCCCACACCAGGGACUGGAGCGUUGGAGCCCCUGGUGCGGGAGCUGCAGGCCCUGCAGGGAGAGCUGCGAGAGGCGGUGGAGGCCCGGCGGGCGGCCUGGGAGGCCGGGGUCGGAGGCCGUGGGCCCCAGUGGAGCGCCGCGAGGACGGCCUUGCGGGAGGCCGUGGGACAGGACCUGGCCGCUCUGCGGCAGGCCUGCGAGCGAGGCGGCGGCUGCAGCCUGGCCCAGCCCCACGGGCCCCACCGGCUGGUGAGGACUGAGGCUGGGGCGUCCGGGGGCCCAGGCCUGCAGGCCCCUGAAGUGAUUGAGGCGCUGAGGAGCCAGGAGGCCCGCCUGGAGGUGGUGCUGCGCCAGCUCCAGGGCCAGUGUCGGCAGGAGCUGGCCAGGCUGGUGGGAGCCCCACCCGGCCCCGUCUGGAUCCUGCCACCUGGACGCUGACGUUCCCUGCUCCCGGGGGCACCUCCCUCAGCCUGGCUGGGCCUUGGAGGGGCAGAUUCCAGGCCAGGUAACUGCAGGGGUGACACAGACACAGCCCCGGUGGUGCAGGCACACUGGGCCCUGGGCCCCGGGUCCCCACUUUGGGCAGUACCCAGCCCCGCGGCCUGCAGUGCUGGGGGCAGGCCCAUUGUGGUGGCCGUGGGCAUUCAGCAUCUGGAGAAGACCCGGAAAUAAAUUGUGGAGGCCUCCUUGCAGGGCUGAGGCUCCAGCUGUCCCUCUGCCACCCUUCCGGGUCUCUGUCUGGGGAGGGGAUGCUCCCCUCAGGUCCAGGGCGAGGGGUCCCUGGGCGGUGGUGGCUGAGGCUGGUCUGGUCUAGGGCUGCCCAGGUGCUGGACGGACAGGCAUGGCCUGCAGCACAGGGUGGGCGUGAGGGCCCCGGGGAUGCAGGGUCGUGGAUGUACCCUUGGAGCACCCUCAUCCUGGGCUCCCUUUGUACACCCCACCUGGGCCACGCCUAUGCCUGGUGUGCGUGUGCGUGUGCGUGUGUGUGUCUGUGUUGGGUAGGGACGCCUGAUGGGAACCUUGGGUAGUGGGGGGACUCUGCUCCGUUUCUGGGGGUGGUGCCCGGGGGGGGAGGGGGAGGCCACUGUGGACAGAGGGGGCUUUGUUCCCGAGACUGCUCGGGGAGCUGGGCUCCGCCCUGACAAAGAGCCAUCUGUGUCGGGAGGAUGCGCCCCCAGCUGCCAGAAUCGGGAGGAUGCGCCCCCAGCUGCCAGGACAGGCUCCUCUCCUUCCCCGGAGGCUUGGCUUGGCACCUGCCCCGCCUCCCUUCCACCAGUGGACAUGGCCUCAGCCCGGCCUCCCCUCUCCCCCAGGGCGCUCCACCCGGACCUGGUGCCGCCAGCUUAGGCCCCAGGGCCCAGCCACAACGCCUUCUCACUGGCCUUUGCUGUCCGCUUGGGGAGUGCUGGCUCACGCCCAGGGGCACUGGCCCCUCUGGGCCAUUCUGGGCCUCCUUCGUCCCGGAUUGGGGCACACCUGUGGCGCCUCUGCACUGGCCUCGGGAGCACUGACCAGACCGGGGUCGAGCCGGCGCCCCUUCCGGAGUGCCCCCUGACCCUCUCCUCACAGGCUGGCCCCAGAGAGCCUCUGGCCCGAGCCCCUCCCUCCAAGGCCUGGCCCCCCUCUCCUAGCCCCUCUUAUGGGCUCCCUGCUUGCUCCAGUCGGGUCCAGGGCACAUGGGACUCAGGCCCCUGCCUGCGGCCCUCGAGUGUUUAAAGACCCUUCUGGACCCCCUGCUGCCAUCCUCCUGACUGCCCCACGGGGCAGGUCCACUGAGGAUUCCCUGAAGCCGGGAUGGCCACUGGCCCUCGGGAACUUACGUUUUAGAAACUCAAAUGCAAACUCUGUUUCGGAGCUGUCACUUCUCAGACUGAUCUGUAGAUUCAGUACAAUUCAAUCAAAACCACAAGCGUGUCUGUGUGUCUGUGGGACCUGGGCUGGUGAUUCUGAAACACGAGGUGGAACCGGCCCGAGAGGCCAAGCUGGGGGUGAGUGGAGCCGUCCGCGGUGACCCCGCGAGCCAGGAGCUUUCCAAGGCUGCAGGGGGCAGGCGUGGGCCCUGGGGUUUGGCUCCUACUGUUGCCGUGAUAAGUUAGCGCUUGUAAGUUAGUGGCUCACGGCCCUGACCCUGCCUUCUGUGGGGCUGAGGUCUGGUGGGCAGGCAGGAGGCCCCGGGGAGAAUCCACUUCCACAGUGGCCUCACGCGGGCUGUCAUCUCCAACACUCCCCAGCCCCGCAGCCCCGCGGCCACUGCAGUCCCCUCUGCACGUACCAGGACAGGUUCACAGGCUCAGACCCUGCCCACCAACCCCAGACCCACGGGACAGACGGGGUGUGGGGCAGCGUGGGCCCACGCGUGCACUGGAGUCUGGCCUGGCUGCAUGUGUGAGGACUGCACACUGGGGCUGCAGGGUUCCCCACCGACCCACAGACACAGCCCUGCAGGAGGUGAGGAUGCCACGCUCCCCUCUGGAGUGGCUUCCUAAGACCACACGUCAAGACUAGGAACCUGUUCAUUAAGAGACACUGUAAAGACAGUGGAAAGGCAAGGCUGAGCAAGCGGGAGUUUAUCGCAACACCUGUAGCCCGUGAAGAACUGGUGUGGAGCAGAUGGGGCCGUCAGCCCAGGGGCGGACACCGCGGAGAAGAGGAAACGGGAACUCAGAUAAGUCAAACUAACCAGGGACGUGCAGGCGCGCUGUGCGGCCGCAGGUGGGCGGGGCACCGGGAAGGGGUGGGGCUGGAUUCGAACUACCCCCGGGAAGCACACGGGCGCGUCUUGUGAGAGGCCCCCAACCCCCUCGGAGUCGCGGGGGCAGGAGCGGAUGUGGGCGGUCCGUGCCGUCCGCCAAGGUGGGUGGGUGAGGGGGUGACGGGGACAGCCGGCUGGCCACACUGCAUUGGCCUCCUGGGAUCCGGAGUCAAAAACCCUCAGAGUCUUCUAGAAAACACAGGCAUGUCGCAGAAGACCACACACAGGGAGGUCUUAAAACAGCCAUGACUGGGGUAGGGAAGGGAUUCUCUGCGGGGAAGCUCAGGACAGCGGGGCUGCCUUGCGGGGCCUUGUGGUCGUGGGUUUACCAACGGUUCCCACUCGCCCCCAGGGCACCUGUCCUUUGGGUGUGUCAACCACGAUGUCAGAAACCGAGGAGCCGGUCCAGGUGCCUUCCCGCGUCACCCCCACCUCCACGGUUCUUUUGGUGCCCUAUCCCACUACCCACUGGCCGGCCUCCCUCUCCCUUGUCCUUAUCUGCAUUGGUUGACCUUGGCUUGACCUUGGCUUGGGGGGCGUGGCUGGCUGGUCAGGACUGAGGCCCCCCGGGGCCCACCUGCAGCCUGAGGGGUAUUCCCCGUGGCCUGCUGAAGUUCAGGUUUGGGUGGACAGGAGCAUCUCUCAGCGGCAUUUAGGAGACAAUCCCUGUUGGCGGGCACAGUCGACGACCUUGGUCCGUAGGCCCCGGCACCCGUGUCCUCGCCUGUGGGUGUGGCUGGUGGCCAUGAAGUUGUGCCUCUCGAGCUCCGGGGCCCCCAGCUGGGUCGUGGGUGCUGAGUGCAGCUGGGCGCCGGCCUCUCUGUCCUUCGCUGAGCUGGGCUGUUGCUCCUUUCAUCCAUCAGCCAGGAUUCCCGAGGUGCCCAACGUGUGUCAGCCCCGGGGCUGGGUGCAGGGUCUAGGGGAGAGCAAACACCAUAAACGAAUAUGCAUCAGGGGGCGAUGGCCCUGGCCGUGCGGGGUCAGGGCGCGAGGUGACAGAGGGUGGUGGUCAGAGGAGGCCUGCCCAGACAGUAAAGGAGGGGAGGAGAGAGAGCUGAGUGUCCCGCCCAGGAGGGUGGUCCAGGCAAAGGAAAUGGCGUGCUUAUGCUUAUGCGGGGGCUGCAUGGGGGGCGUCUGGGAGGGGGUAGGACAUGAGCUCAGAGGUGGGGUUGCAGAGGGGAAGGGGCUGCAGGCUUUUGUGCCCCAGGUCAGGAUUUCGGAGUUUCUUCUGAGCGAGGUUGGGGCACCGUUCAGGGCCAGGUCCCGUCUUCGUUCCAAAAGGCCCCGUCUGCCCCGGGCGGGAGAGCUUCUGGGGUUCAGCGAGAAGGCGGUGAGGGGUGUUGGGCCGGGCCCUGGUGGGCUCUGGUGGACUUGGGGCCUGGGAUCUGUUGCUCUCUUGGCCGUGGGGCUUGUGAGCUGGUGGCCCCUCUUUUAAGUUGUUUCUCUUCUUACCGUCUUCAUUUACAAUUCCCAAGUUUUUUCCUUCCCUUUUAGGGACAAUUUUUUUAAAUUGUGGUAAAAAAACACAUAACAUUAAGUUUGCCAUCUUAAGCAUUUUUUAAAAAUUGAAAUACAGUUGAUUUACAAUACUGUGUUAGUUUUGGGUAUACAGCAAAGUGAUUCACACACACACACACACAUAUAUAUAUUAUACGUAUAUUUUUUUCUGAUUCUUUUCCAUUAUAGGUUAUUACAACAUAUUGAAUAUAGUGCCCUGUGCUGUACAGUAAAUCCUUGUUGCCUUUUAUCUAGAUUGGGGUGGUCAUUUCAUGGUUAAAUAAAUUUGUCAAAGCGCAAAAAAAAAAAAAUCCUUGUUCCCUAUUUUAUGUAUAGUAGGACUGUAUCUAUGAAUCCCAGGCUCCUAUAUCCUUCCCCACCCCCUUUCCCCUUUGGUAACUGUAAGUUUGUUUCCUAUGUCUGUGAGUGUGUUUCUGUUUUGUAAAGAAAUUCAUCUGUAUUAUUUUUUAGUUUCCACAUAUAAAUGACAUCAUGUAA